GCACUCGCGUUCCACCCGGACGAGAGAGCGGUUGCACACGUGCCCAGAAUCGGUUUCGGCACGCCAUUGUGGAAAAUAGUUACUUUCAAAUCCCUGACUCCUCGCUGAGAACCAGCCCUAGUCGCGUCCUCCCGGGUGAAGUGACGUCAAGUGAAGAAGGAACAGUUGCACGAUGGCCACGGACUCCUGGGCACAAGCGGUGGACGAGCAAGAAGCGGCGGAGGAAUCGCUCGGUAGCCUCCAAAUAAAGGAUAAACUAGAGGAAAAUGGCACGGCUGCAGCUGCACCAGAGUCCAGCAGUGCCGCUGCAACGCCCGAAGUGCAGGAGGCAGAAAACAAGGGAACAGAGGACGAUGAAACGGACAAAGAUGACAAAGCGGCGCAGUCGUUAUUGAACAAGCUGAUCCGGAAUAAUCUCGUCAAUAACCCGAAUCAAGUGGAAGUUCUUCAGAAGGAUCCCAACUCGCCUCUCUACUCUGUCAAGUCCUUUGAGGAGUUACGACUCAAACCACAGCUGCUACAGGGUGUGUACGGCAUGGGCUUCAACAGACCAUCCAAGAUCCAGGAGACUGCCUUACCGAUGAUGCUGGCCGAACCUCCACAGAAUCUGAUCGCUCAGUCGCAGUCGGGAACUGGGAAAACAGCUGCCUUCGUCCUGGCUAUGCUCAGCCAUGUAGAUCCCAACAAAACGUAUCCGCAGUGCCUGUGUGUGUCGCCCACCUAUGAACUGGCCCUUCAGACUGGAAAGGUCAUCGAGCAGAUGGGCAAACACUAUCCUGAGGUCAGCCUCGUCUAUGCCAUCAGAGGAAAUAAAUUGCAGCGGGGCAUGAAGCUGCAGGAACAGAUAGUUAUUGGUACACCUGGUACCAUGCUGGACUGGUGCGGGAAAUUCAAGUUCAUAGACCCCAAGAAGAUCAUGGUGUUUGUGCUUGAUGAGGCCGACGUCAUGAUUGCCACACAGGGUCACCAGGACCAGAGCAUCCGCAUCCAGAGGAUGCUGCCUAAAAACUGCCAGAUGUUGCUGUUCUCGGCCACGUUUGAAGAGACGGUGUGGAGCUUCGCCCAGCGCAUUGUGCCCGACCCCAACAUCAUCAAGUUGAAGAGGGAGGAGGAGACGCUGGACACCAUCAAACAGUACUAUGUGUUGUGCAACAGCAGGGAGGAGAAGUUCCACUCCCUCUGUAACAUCUACGGAGCCAUCACCAUCGCCCAGGCCAUGAUCUUCUGCCAUACGAGGAAGACGGCAGGCUGGCUGGCCGGGGAGCUGUCCAGAGAGGACCACCAGGUGGCGCUGCUCAGUGGAGAGAUGCAGGUGGAGCAGAGGGCCGCCGUCAUCGACCGCUUCAGAGAAGGCAAGGAGAAGGUCCUGGUCACCACGAACGUUUGUGCCCGAGGCAUUGAUGUCGAGCAGGUUUCUGUGGUGAUCAACUUUGACCUGCCAGUCGACAAAGAUGGUAACCCUGACAACGAGACGUACCUGCACAGGAUCGGUCGCACAGGUCGAUUCGGCAAAAGGGGGCUGGCCAUCAACAUGGUGGACAGCAAGAUGAGCAUGAACAUCCUCAACAGGAUCCAGGAGCAUUUCAGUAAGAAAAUUGAGAAACUAGACACAGAUGAUCUGGAUGAAAUUGAGAAGAUCUCCGGCUAGAGGUCGUCGUCUCCCCCCCGCCCCCCCGCCCCCCACCCCGACUGUACGCUCCUCCGGUGUUUUAUGCUUUUAUUCUUUUAGCCGUCGGAGAGGAGAGCCACACCACAGACGGUGUGUGUUUCCACGUGUCUCCUCUCAGGCGAGAACAUACCCAUCUCACUCUUUGUACUUCUUUGAAUAAAGUCUAUGAUUUUAUUGUGUGUAUCGUGGCGCUGCUGAAGCAGCCGACUCUGUUUUCCUGAACGCGCGUGGAGUUAAAACGCUUUCUGGUGUUUUUAAGGAGUAUAAUUGAAUGUGAGUGUAUUACGUUGACGGACAAACUGCUGUACAAAGGGUGACGUUGGGUAUGUGUCGUCAUGGAGACGGUGAUGUUUGGGUUUAAGGGUCUAUGCAAAACUUUAUCUACACGUCAGACAUUAAUCCUGACUCAACCUCAGCUCAGUAGGCGACUGCCUAGAGUGAUAGGAUUAGUACAUUUAGAUGUUUUAACCAGUUACCACACUUCUUAUGUAUAUCAUGUUCAAAAUGAUUGUGGUAAUUAUUGAGCUGUUUUCUUUAGUCUUUUGGCUCCACCUGUGUCGGAGAACCUCAUUUAAUUCAAAAUGUGUCACUUUCCUUCGUGUCCCACUCGGUCUGUUCAGGGUCUCCAGCUGAUUGAGUUUAAAGAACAACACAAGUGCUUUAUAUACAUACUCAUAUGAUUUACUUUUCAAGACAUUGGGCGUAAUAUUCUGGCUAACACUUGAGUUUAUAUUGAAUUGUGUGUUCUCAUGGAUAGAACGCGUGUACUUGUGUACAUAUUUACAGAAAAUUAGGUCAAAGAAUGUGUGGAUGAAAUAUUAAGUUUGUCACUUCUAAGAAGUGCUAAAACAUUGCUCAUACGGUUCCUCUUGGGCAGAAUACAAAGACACAUAAUGGGUUAACUUUGCACCAGUGGAUGAGUGCAGCAUGAUGGGAACGUUGGGAUGUCUGGUGUUGAUUAAUGUGCUGGAAUGUUGGUCAGCCUGACCUUUGACCUCAUCCGGCACGGAGGGAGGCCGCUUUUAACGGACUGUUUACGGACGUUUACGGAGAACAUGUAUGCCGUUGAUUUGGACAUUUGGAUGUACACAUCGGUGUAACGCCACUAAGAGCCAGAGGACUCAACACGUCAGAACCAAUCAAAACCCAGCUCGUAUGCGGAGGAGCGCUCCAAGCGUGGUCUGUUGUACCCGGGAGGCCACGAGUAGACGGAUCGGUUCAAGGUGGUUUUCUGUAGCCGAGCUGCGUUCGUGGACACAGUUGUGUAUUCUUAAUAUGUGGAAUUAAAAGAACAUGUAGAAGUUCA